CUUCAAACUUUCUAACUCAUUUACUUUAAAAGAAUAUCAAUUUUCAUAUUUGAAAUGUACUUGUUAUGGAUGAAAGAAAGACAUCGUGGAACACAUGCAAACAUAGAAGAAUAUACACGCCGCAAUACAAGGUUUAGAGUGCAUUCUUAUACUCAACUCAAACCUAGUCCGGAAAUUAUACCGUAUUUGAAACGAGCCGGUUUUUCCAAUGUGGCAAAAAUAGGUUGUUUGAAUAUUGAUUCAAGGCUUGUUGUUGCUUUACUAGAGAGAUGGAGACCGAAAACACACAUUUUCCAUUUACCAACCGGUGAAUGCACUAUAACGUUAGAGGAUGUAAGUAUGUUGUUAGGUCUUCGAGUAAAUGGUAAAGCUGUUAAUGGUACCACUCAACUCGGCAAUAAUGUAUAUCUUGAUAAUUUAGGAAUAGAUCCACCGACAGAUAAAAAAAUGGGUAUUUUGUGAAAAUUGUAUGGUUAGAAAGUAUCUUAAGUCAAUUAAAACUAAAUUCCUCACCCACUGAAGAGGAUAAUGUUCUUCAUGCAAAAAUCUACAUUUUACUCCUCAUUGCUAAAUUUUUAAUGUCAGAUAAGAGUCAUAAUUUAUUGCAUUCUUGUUGGUUACCUAUGAUAAGAGAUUUAGAUAAAUGCACACGUAUAGUUGGGGUUCGGUUUGUUUGGCUACAUUGUAUACCAAAAAUUAAUAAAUUUGUUUGUCUGUAAA